AUAAUUUCUUUUGCGAAUGCGCGGAAUGCAAAAUCAAAUUUUGCGUCAAUUUUUUCAAUUUUUACAAUAUUUGUGUAGUUCUCAUCGAAUUAUUGUGUUAAAUUCUGCAAAAAUAUGUUCGCUAUUGCUUCAGGAGUUCAAUCGUCAACUUUAAAAUGACGCCGUAUUCGCUCCAGAAAGCUGCUUCAAUCAACUAACAGUCAAACAUCGUACAGCUGCCUACUAUCAAGAAUUCGCCGGGCAUUGGAAACUUGAUCGAGCCGAUGGCAAAUGUACACUUCGGUUUCAAAGAAAUCCUGCUGAAACGUCUAUCAUGGAUCAUCCUGUGGCAAAUCUUCAUUCAAUCAUUCAUCCUGCAGUUCGUAGCAUCUGUAAAUUUCAGCGAAGAUCCGUUGUUUUGGAUGAUAACAUGGGUGACGAACGUAUUCAAGCCGCGGUUUUUCGUCAUUUUCUUAUUUCAACUUUUCCUGUCGGCUGUUUGCAUCGUGACCAAAAGCACCCAGUAUCUGCGAGUCAAGCAGUGCGAUAACGUCUCCAGAUUUCGAUUCAUAUGCAGUAAACUUUCUCCUUAUCAUUUUAUAUGGCUGCUUGUAUAUUUCUUACAAGGUAUUUUAUCAGCUAUCGUAUUUUUCAUCGCAUUGAAGCAUUAUUUCGUCGAUCCGUUGAACAACGAAAUACAACCCGAAGACAAUAUCACCGAAACCAUCAUCAUUCUGCUGAACGAUGCUAUUUGGAUGAAUCUCGUGUUCUUUUUCAAAGAUUUUAUUUACCAUAAAAGUUUCAAGUACUUUUCGUUAGUACAGCAAAAUCAUUGCGUAUCGAUGCCUACUAUUUUCCUAGUUGCUAAGAAAGCUUCGAUUAAAUCGUUUUAUUAUAGUUUUCUAUUCGUAGUGUUUUAUCUGAUAACCGGCCAUUCGUUUUGUUCGUUUAUUUGUUUAUCAUUUUCGGUCAAGUGUAAUAUUUCGUAUUCGAUCAUCUUCAAUCCAUUCGUGUUUUAUUGUUUAUGGCUUUUAAACGCGUUCAUUUUCUUCAAUAAUCUAAUUUUAAAGUUACUUUUUAAUAUUUAUCUGACGGCUAAAAUCGAUUUCCCUAUCAUUAGCAGCGCCGGAACCAAACAACACGAUGUGUUCACUCUGAAAGACGCCAUAUCUACCGAUAAUAUCCCUCUAAUUCAAUACAUGGGAUACUACGAUCUCAACGUCAUAUCGCAAUUCGACUCUUCCAGAAGGAAAGAAAUAUUUUCUCUCAGUUAUCCCGGCGGACAUCCGUACACUUGGAGAGAGAUUUCUCAAGAAGUGCUCAAGCUUAUAACCGAUACCAUUAAUCGAUUGGAAAAGAUAACCAGUUCUAAUAAAUCAAACAUUUCUCCGGAUAACUCGAAACCUACUAUAGAGAAAUAUUACUCGAAGAUGCGUCCUUUAUCGAUGACUCACUAUAUCGAUGAGAAAAGCUCGAAUGUUAAUAAACAGCGUAAAGAUACUUUAUUCUCGAAAAUCGCCAAUUCUCUGAAGAGUAUUCGUGUGAUCGCUUAUUUCGCCGAAGAAAUGACUGAGAAACAGAUCGAAUUUGCUCUACAGAACAAUCAAGCGUUGGCAUUGGCUUGCUAUAGUAUCUCUAAUUUAGCUGCAGCUUCGAAACAAGACGAUAAAUACGGUGUAGUUCAGCAAGAUCUUUCCAAUAUCAUCACUUGCCUUUUGCAGUUGAACUUGGCUUUGAAUAAAUUAGUCGUAGUGAUCAAUAAGAAACCAAAUUCUUCCAUUUUACAAAUCAAGAAGUUCCUCGCGUCCGUUGUAAAAAGUAGUUUGUAUAAAUUGUCCAAUAAUUUCGGAUCGUAUACUAGAGAUUUAAAUUUAUCAGCCGAAGAUGAAAAAUUGUUUUCUAGUUUCGUAUCUUUCAAAAAUUAAAUUUUAUAGAAGUUGUAAUAUUUUUAGUUCUACGUGUAAUCAAUUUGCUCAAGUCGUUUAUUCAUUUUAUUUACUAGGUUUGUUAUUUUUCUUUUGUACUUUUGUUGUGUAGAUAGAUCUAUUAUAAUUAUUUUUCGUCACUUAAUGAGCUUAGUUUUAAUUUAGCGUAAUUUUUCAUUUAGAUGAUGUGCUGUUUCUUUGUUACACGAACUCGAAUUCAAUAAACAAAUUUACGAGUUUCAAA